ACAGUUUCGAUAACUAGGUUGGUCUUGUGCUGCUCUUAAUAGUGUCCCUUUAAGUUCGAGGUGACGGUCACACGAAGAUAUAUAGGGCACCCACCCAUGCUACCGUACCCGUUAACCCGCUCUACGAGGCAUAACAUUGACCCGCGGGCUUCGGCGGCUGCCCACUGGGCCCCAACCUUGCGUCCGCUUAAGCCUGUUAGCGCGCGCGCGCGAGGUGUGUCGCGCGCGCCGCUAGUGUCUGAGUCGAUCCGUCGCCAAGGCCUCGACCAGAUUGAUGCACGUCGCACCAGGAGGGGGAAGCCCUGCGGCUCGGGGCUGCUUUGUCCUUAAUUGCAUUACAUUCGAAGGAUACGCGUCCCGCCGUCGAGCCGCCGAAGCGCGUCGGACCACGCAACGCUGAGCACAAUUCAACGGCUUCUCGUCGCCGCCCCCCCUCCUACGAACACGGGGCCAAAAGAGGGACGCGCCCUGCGGCACUCGUCACACGCGCACGGACACGUGGUGAAAGCGCGUCGCACCUGACUGACUUGCCUCCGUUGCACAGGUGUUGUGUGCGCGUCUCCAGCUCGGGUGGCGUUGUUCGUUUAGUACAGCGAGUUUACGGCGUGUUGUCGCUGACUGGCCCCGGCGGCUUACGUUGCUCGUCCCGCGUGUCUUGUUUCUUUGCCAGAACUGCGUACAGUGCGUGCAUGUGAACCACCGCAUCUCCGUUGUCGUGCAACGAGCCACUGAACGGGCACCGAUACGCGGGUGGUCGAGAAAGAGUGCGUGUUCUGUGCGUUAGGAGUGGGAGGCGACGAGCGUCAAUCAUGGAGCAGGACGAGCUUGAAGAACUCAAGGACGAAUUACAACUGCUAAACAUCAAGAUCAAGGAAGGACAACAAGCGGCCGCGGACAAAACCUUCCAGGAAGCGCUCAAGGACAUCGAGAAAGAGGCCAAGUUUCGGAUCAAGCAACGUCGCGUCCUCAAGGGACACAUCUCCAAAGUGACCUCGGCGCAUUUCUGCGGAGACAGCAAGAAGGCGGUGUCAGGAUCACUGGACGGCAAACUCAUCAUCUGGGAUGUCUUCACGGGAAACAAAAUGCGUGUUAUACCGCUGCGCUCCAGCUGGGUGAUGGCGUGUGCUUACGACGAGCAAGGCAAUUACGUGGCCGUCGGAGGCAUGGACAACAUGUGCACCAUCUACGACCUGCGUGGCACCAGCGCCAAGGUGCGACGCGAGCUGACCGGCAUGGACGGAUACUUGUCCAGCGUACGCUUCCUCGGAGACUCGCAGGUCAUCACCGGCUCCGGGGACACAUGCGUUGUCCUGUGGGACCUGGAAAGAGGCCAGAAAGUCGUGACAUUCGAGGCCCACGAGGGAGACGUCAUAAGUCUGUCGUUGAACCCCGACAAAACGACCUUCGUUACCGGAUCCGUGGACAACACCGCACGGCUCUGGGAUAUCCGCGAGAAGCAAUGCCGCCAGACGUUCCGCGAGCACGAAGCAGACGUGAGUUCGGUUUGUUUCCACACGGGAGGCUACGUGUUCGCGACGGCUUCCGAAGACAAGUCGUGCCGGCUGUUCGACGUGCGCAGCGACCAGCAGCUAAGCCGAUACCAGAACCCGCGCGAGUCGUCCGCCUUCACAAGCUGCGGGCUGUCGCUGUCCGGAAGGCUGCUCUUCGCAGGCGCCGACGACCACGACGUCCACGUUUGGGACACGCUGUCCACGCGUAGAGUCGGUAACCUGUCCGGCCACGAGAACAAGGUGACGUCUCUCACCGUCAGUCCCGACGGUGUGGUGGUGGUGACUGGCUCCUGGGACUCCAGCGUCCGAGUGUGGGGCUGACCGGCAGCAGCCACUCAACAAAGCUAUCCGUUCACACAACGUCACGAGAAAGUGCAGUGUACGCGUACGUUCACACCGAUUUCUACUCUGGAUGUUUUAAUACGGUCUCGAGUCUUGCGACACUUAAGCUCGCCGGCAGCCUUUGCAGGCUUGUGCCUGGCCCUACUACUAUGUACCUCGUUCUACGUGGCGGUGGGGCGUUAUAAGAAAUCAUUGCGACCAUAAGCAACAAACUUGCCGCCACAUGGGAUUUCCGACCGUUGUCAGCCGCAGAACGUACUGCAGCUGUCCAGUUCAAUGCGGGGCAGCCGAUACAGCACUAGCCCGAUAUCGUCAAAUGUACAAAGCGCCGGCGAUCGGGCUACUACGUUAUGAAAGUUAGGUUCAAGCGGCAACCAGAUAUUUCUGGCGUGCCGUCGACGCAUCCAUUUUGAACGCAAUGCGAGCGGAGAUAAUGACCCAAAUGGGUACCAUGGCCUAUUUGAACCAGUAACCGGGAUCACAUACUUCCUUGAGCAAAAAUAAAGGAACCAGGGAUUAUGCACAAAGCCGGUCUUCUCCACCUAUGAAUGAAACUUCAGGACUGCAGCCCAAAGCUGCAUUGCGAAUUUUCCGGUACACUCGUAAAUUUCGGCUUAUGCGUGAAUAAAUGUUUUUCGGCGAGCAUGUGGAGCACAUACUCUUGCUCACUUCCCAAAGUGAAAUGGAUGCAGCAAUACGUAGAGUACGUUGCAUGUUUUUGCGACACGGUGCAGUUAAAAUGAUGUGCGGGAACACUUCAGUCAUCCAGUGCUGCCAGCCUUUGAAGUGUUUUCCCCUUAAUAUAACAAUUCCCUGGAUUUGCUAUUUUCUUUAGAAUACGGUUGUUCACUGUGCUAAUAAACUUGCUUGUGCAGAUCAACUAAGAAAUUAUAGUUCGAAUUCAUUACGAAGCUCGUUUUCGUUUUUUUAACAAAUGAAGUGGUUGCGCUCAAGUUGAAGUGCAAGCUUUUGCUGUAGAAGAGUUUUCCUUUAACAAAUUUUCUACAUAAAGUUUUUCCUAACCAAGAACCAAAAUCCCUAUAUCUACUGAAAUUUCCCUAGGGAUGCCAGCACUGCUGUCAUUCCUGAAACGUGUACCACGCAGCGAAGGACCAGAUCUGGAACGCUAACAUGUUUGAGACGCUUUUAUUAAGUGUGUGAAAAGCAACUUUUGCCAAAGACCGCAGCAAGUGAGAUGUGCGACACGGCGGGCUGGUGUUUUGUACGUAAAGACAAACAGCUUUAUUGGACAAGUUAAAUAACAUACACAAGGAAACUGGUUUCACAAACAAGACUGAAAGCUACAUACUGAAAUAAGACACACAGGCUGACCAGGUGUCCCAAUCAAACACCCAAGAACGUCUUUCCAGCCCAUCCCAACAUCGUAUUUAUACCCCUCCCUUUUUGCGUCCACAUGUACGUGAUGGUUUGUCAAACGACGACUUGUAAGGGUCAUUUCAAACCCUCGUCUCAUUUGUGUGUGGCUGGUGAAAAAAAAAAAAAAACUAUUCUUUUGAGUCCCUGGAGAGAGAAAGGAAAAUAACAGAAAACAUAAAAGGCGCAGAGGGAGCUUCUCUUGCUUGCCCGCUGUACCCGGAACAAGCAGGAGUAAGAAAACCGGACGCGGCAGCGCACGGUAUAUUGAGGGCCUAGCGAAAACCUCGGUAACUGCCGGGAAACAGUUUCAGGAGCGUGGCCCUUUCAUCUUCGUCACUCAUUCCUCUACUGCGAGUGUGGCUUUGUGCACAAAAUCGCGACGGCGCGGCGGGAAGGUGAAAUCGUCUGUAUAGGGAAGGUCGAGAAGACUCGACUACCUUUGGGGGCAUCAAGCGCUCGCCCUGUAUCCUCAACGGUGCCUUUGCAAAGGCAACCGCGUUCGGAGCACUUGCGCUUGCGAGCAACGAUAAGAUCCGACAAAAAGUCCUUCGGAGAGAAAAAAGCACGCCCACGCGGACUUUUUAAAAACAAAUCCGUGGUGCACCUGCACCACAACAGGGACAGCACCGCUCCCCAAGUGGCGCUGCUGGCGGAGUUAACACGAGCGCUCGGUUACCACAGCAACGUGUCGCUUCGUUACCAGGUCAACGAAGGCAGCAGAGAGCAGUUCCACCGCACUCCGUACGCAAAGAAAUGGCUCCGUGGGGGAGCGAGCACGAGACUUGGGCAAUGACCGGAGUCCCUCUUUUUUUUUUUUAAUCACUUGCUUGGUCUCCCCAGUUAUCCACUUCAUUGUACGCGCACAUACACACGAAGAUACAUAACCGCUUGUAUGCAUAUAUCUAUACAAAGUCAGGGGGGGCAAUUUGUUCGCUCUUUAUACAUUCCCAGCGCUCGUGUGCGGCAAAGGCCAAGUUACGAGGAAAAAAUACGUGCAACCCAAGGAUACAAAACUGAAAUCGGCACCCCGCUGUUGGACUAAAAACGCGGAAAAGAAGAGCCGCGGAACGACCUAAGUGUGGCACCGAGCUUUAUCAGCCGCCGCGUGUGAAUUCACUGCUCGCAUGUACAAACAAUAUUUCCGUGCGCACAUACGUUCUCUCCCACAAGGUCCAGCAUUGAGGCACGACGGAAGAACAAGUUGUCGGCUAGCGCUACAAAAGGCCAAAAAAAAAGAAUUAAUCCGGCCGGCAACAGCCGUACUUUUGUCUUUUCCGUGUUGUACCCCCUAACCUGGUCAGAACUUUGACUAUCUCGUCCGAUCUAACUUGAACAACUGACAGCUCCCCUGCAGCCUCCAUCGCACGCGCACGUCUCCUAUAAACCGCAGUGAGGGAGGAGUGCCAAUGCCUAUCUUGCAGGAUGAUGUGCCGGUCUCCUCCUCCUUUCGCAACCACGCGAUGAAAAAAAAGAACAACCAGCGUGUCAGCACUGUCGUCGUCUCUCAAAGUAUGGCAGUUGUGGCGCCCAGGAGGCGGGAAUGACGGGGUGGACCCGACCGCCUCCCCGGCAAUGUCCUAUAUUUGUCUGCGUGUGUGUGUGUGGCAUGUAUUUGUAUAUAUAUAUAAUAUAUAUAUAUAGUGUGUAUUUAUAUAUAUAUACGAGCGACGACGCAGAAGUGUCUGCAAGUAUACAUAUUUAUAAUAUAUGUAUAGGUUCUCGUUUUCUCAAAAUCCUCGUCUGGAGAAGACUGCCGCUGCGCUUUGUUUAAAACAGUAGCUCCCUUGGGGGGAGGGUGGGCACUAAACCCUCUUCCCUAUGACUUUUGUGUUUCCCCCACUCACGGCAUGUAUAAUAAUACUCCUUUGAUAGCACAACACAACAGGAAAAAAAUAUAAAAAAAUAAAAAUAUACAGGGCAGAGAAUGUUAAAUAGUGUUAAUGUGACGAGGAGCAAACACAAAUAAUAAAGGCGCAGCUUUAACACCAGCAGCAUGAGCGCUGUACACACAUCUCACAGUCCAGUCUCCCUCUCGGGCACCAGUGGCAAACAGCGGGGCAGGCAGGAAGCCACAUGGCACCAUCUGCACUCUGACGUGACGCGCUUGGGGCAAGCAGGCAGUGCCAGAGGAUGGGCAGACAUCACAGCAUAAACGACACAGACCAUGAUUUGUACAGUGUCGAGCUUUUUGACGGCCAUAAAUGAAGGGUUGGUGAUCUGGGCGCAGUGAAUGAGCUGGGGCUCGUGCCCAAACACUGUCCCUCCUACCACCACCACAAACGCGUGCAGGGAAUGCCUCGGUGCCAAAUCGUGUCCGUUGAUCCCAACUUUUUCCGGAUAACGCCGGCCCGCCACCAAUGGUGGCAUAGCAGAGAGCAGACGAGCCCUGGGUGCCCGAGAAGAGAAGCACGAGAGGCAGUGCACACACUUUUCAACUCCAAUGUCCAGCUCACAGUGCAACAACCAAGAAUCUAUCACUGACAGGUAUAAGAGGAGGGAGAAAAAAAAAAGACAAAACAGAGAGAGAAAGAAAAGCAGGCCAGAGACAGUGAGAGAAACGAGUCAUGAGGCAGUUUCAUACGCACAAAGCAGGUGCGUGUGCAUUUAGAAAGCCUGCUUGCUUGGCUUGGCACGCCCUGCUGCACUCUGUGCAUCCCGUGCACAGUGGAUGCCUGAGUAAAAGCUGGUCUGGUUCAGGCUGUGCGCAGGCACAUACAGAACACUUGCAUGUGCCUGUGGCAACAUACUGGGCCGCGAAAACACACACCCUUGUUGCCAAAGGACCGACACGUGCCAGGCUGGCGACGCGCGAGACUACUACCCUAAGCGCAGAGGACAACGCACACACUGGCAUCCCCUCCGCAAGAGGAACCGAAAUGAAAGCAAUCGAAAAAAUAACGGGAGGGCCAGAGAGAGAGAAGACUAAAACAGAGUUGAAGCACGAUGUAAAAACUGCACGACAGUUCAGAUGCAAACGGCAGCGGUCAUCGCACAAGUCUGCACACACACAUGCGCGCACGUUCACGGCAUCACCACACAAUUUUUGUCCAGUUGUUUGUCGCCGUGAUGGGCGUAGAGAAGUAAAAACUGAAGUUUCAGAGAAAGGUGGUGGUGGUGCUCGGGAGGGAGCCACAGGAGACAGCAGUAUAGGUGGGGUGUGGCUGGUAGAAAGCUUGGCUUGGGGGGUCUGAUGAAAGCUCAGCGCAAGGGUGUGUGUGUGUUGUGCACGUCUUAGGAAAACGGGAGCGGGCUGAAAGGGCCAGAGAAAAAGUAAGGGGACAAACCGGGUCGCCGAGGGAAAAAGGCAGCGCGCGACAUGCCCAGGUGCUGCGAAGUGAUGACCUAGAAAAAGGCAGAAGACAGCACCCCGGCACGCAGGCUUGAAAAAGAUUCGAGAGUACACACAGCUGUCACAGCUUCUAAGCGUAGGCCGUCUGUGAGCCUCACCUCACACACCAGUCACGCAGCACACACUGUACAGAUGAGCGCACAGAAAUGUUGGAGGCAGGAGAAAAAAUGAAGCAGGCAAUAAGAUGCAGCAAGAAACUGCUUAGUAGACAGAACAAAGAAAAAAACACCUGCCAGCCCAACCUAUCGCACAUCGACAAGCUUUCUGGGAAAGACCACUGUCUCUUGCCAGGGUUUGGCUGACAACCUCAAUUUACCUGUCCAGUCUAAACAGCAAACACAACAGAACAAACAACACAGAUCCAAGCCAUCUAUUUCAAGGUGCAGGGCAUGCCCAACAGAAGAGGAGGCUCAGCACCCAAUCAAAUGUUUAUACAAAGCUAUGUACAAUGUGGAAGGAAACAAAUGCCUUCAAGAACAAUCGCUUUGGAGGCUAAAAAAAAAACAAA